AUGGAUUAUGAAGAAGUUGUUGAAGAAGAGUUUCAAGUGGAUAGUACAGCUUCUUAUGGACAGCAUUUGAUAGACACACAAGUAAGCACUAGUCCAAAUGCAACACAAGACCUUCAUCUUGUGCCCAACAGUCCUUCAAAAAACUCCAAUUAUCCGGAAAGUCCAUCAAAACAGUCUGUUCAGCCUGUAAGCAACGAUGAUACCAAAAAACCUCCGUCUAUUGCCAAAGAUCUGUCUGCCUUUACUGCAUAUUUAGUAGACCUUCUUGUUCAAAUUCCCAUGCUUUCAGAGGACCAACUUGCUCACUGGAUGAAGUAUAAACUCAAGCCAUUGUGUGUUGUCGACUCUCACAACUUUUUGUUCAUUCAAGCACUGCUCAAACAACUGUCAAAUGAAUGGCAUGAUGGUAUUCAUAUUGGAUUUCCAAUCAAUCGCAUUUUAGAAGAGUUGCAAACCCUAGCAGCUUCUAAUCAAGAGGCUCAAAUGCUGUCGGAUAUUGUCAAAUAUUCUGAUGAUCUGCCUCUAGAUGUGGUUACAUCAUUAAUUAGCAUACAUGCUCUUGGAAAACCUACAGCAGGUGACAUCAUCAAACUACACAGAGCUUACAAAGGAUUGACUCCACCACCAGUGGAAUUAUUGCGCUCAUUUACCAUCAUGAACGCACUGAUAGCUGAUUGCUUUAUUCCGGGUCGAUCCAACAAUUACCGCCAAGAAAAACUAUGGCUUCUGGCAUACGCAUCAGCAACCAUCGUUUCAAGUCCAGACCCAACCAUUGUAGAUACAAAAGCCGUGAUUCCGUUGUAUGAACAGCUCGAGGCAUUUGAUGGUGUACUGAUUCGUGUUACAUCCAUGGCUCAGAUGCAAGAUCAAUUGGUUAAAUUCUUUUCUGCAAUUGAUGAACCUGUUCUUUCAAUGGGGCUGCUGCAUUGGAUCAAGCAACGAUUGUUUGAUCCCGACUUUUACGAAUGGAUCUCAUUUACUCUUGGUGACGCUCCACCCAUUUUUUAUAUUCUCGACGAGAUGGCAAUUCGAAAUCCUGAGCAACGAUCACAUGUGUUUUCAGUGUGGAAGAUGCUUUUUGAGCACGAGUAUCAAAAGAUUACUCCACUUGUAGCAAUUCAAUUUCGUGAGAGAUUUCUUGACCAUUUUAUUCUACUGAUCAAAACUGGCUUUGUGCUGCCCAUAUUCACCUACUUGACAUCCAAUGCGCACCAAAUUGAUGAUUCGCUUCUGUUGUAUUUUUUAAAUACUCUGCUUUCGCAAAUUGAUACUCCACAUGACCCCACUCAUGUUUGGAUGAUUAUUGAUCUGUUGGAUCACAUUUCCUCAACAUCUCAGCAUGAUCAAACAGCCAUUCAGCAAUUUCUUGAACAUGCAAUUAAGCUGGACAUAUUACCAGACGAGCAAUUAUCUAAAGCCAAAGAAAUUCUUGAAUGCCUUUAAACCAAAAUGAACAAGUUUGAGAAUUGG